AACUAAACGGAGAUUUAGAGAAGCCCAAUAUGCAGCAGUAAAAGCCAAUAUGAGGUUCAAAGUCAGACUUGUGCUGCUGACAGCAAAUAUUAGCCAAUGCGGAGCGAGUAUCAGAGUUUCCACUGCCCCCUAUGUUCCGACAGUAGGGCUUAGAACAAGGCCUUUGCUCCCUACGCAAUUGUUCUUUUGGGAAUUGGUGAGAACGGGAAGGAAACCAGGUUAACAAAAAAAGCAGUUGUACAACUGUAUUUGGAUUAACUUUGGACGGUAUUCCCAACUAUAUAUGUGCGUCUAUCGAGCCCACUUAAUUACGCACUGUCUAGCUCAGCUUAUGGCUUCAGUAACAUCUCAUUCUAAUGUUAAGCUUAUUAGUGCAAUUCAUGAAAGUGAAAAUGGUUACCAUCCCAGUAGUCCCACAGCAGUUGCGGAGGUUGAAACAGUUGCUAAAGGAGAUGCCGCAGUGAAGGAAGACUCCAUUCAAAACCGAAACCAUAUAAAGGUUCCACUAAUCGAAAAUGAUGAGGGUCUUUUCUUGACAUGGGAAGAUUUGUGGGUGAGAGUAGCUUCAAAUUUAAAUGAGGGAGAAAAGCAUAGUAGUGAUGGAAGAAGCUGCAGAUCAAUCCUCCGAGGGGUAACUGGUUAUGCCAAACCAGGGCAGCUCUUGGCUAUAAUGGGUCCUUCUGGUUGUGGCAAAUCUACUCUUCUUGAUGCUUUAGCAGGUAGAUUGAGUUCAAACACAAGGCAAACAGGGGAUAUCCGUAUAAAUGGACAUAAACAAGCACUAGCUUAUGGAACUUCGGCAUAUGUGACACAAGAUGACACUCUAAUGACCACAUUAACGGUGAAAGAAGCUGUAUACUACUCUGCUCAACUGCAGCUACCAGAGUCAAUGUCUAAGUCAAAGAAGAAAGAGAGAGCACAAGUGACCAUAAGAGAGAUGGGUUUGCAAAAUGCCAUGAACACAAGGAUCGGAGGUUGGGGAGCCAAGGGACUCAGUGGUGGCGAAAAGAGAAGAGUUAGUAUCUGCAUUGAGCUUCUUACACAACCAAAACUUCUCUUUCUGGAUGAACCAACAAGCGGACUUGACAGUGCUGCGUCUUUUUAUGUGAUGAGCAGAAUUGCCAAUCUUGGUCAUAAAUCGUCUCAGAGGACCAUAGUUGCUUCCAUCCAUCAGCCUAGCUCUGAAGUCUUUCAACUGUUUGACAAUCUUUGUCUUUUGUCUUCCGGUGAAACUGUAUAUUUUGGUCCUGCUUCUACAGCGAAUGAAUUUUUCGCUGCAAGUGGUUUUCCUUGUCCAGCUCUCCUAUAUCCAUCAGAUCACUUCCUCAAGACCAUAAACAAAGAUUUUGAGCUGGACAUUGAGCAAGGUAUAGCCGGAAGAACACCCACAGAGGGAGCUAUUCAUACUCUAAUGCAGUCAUAUAAAACAUCUGAAAGUUAUCACCAACUCCAAAGACAAAUAGCUGAAAUAUUCAAGAAGGAUUGUGAAGCAUUAGAAAAGAGAAGCCCUAGAUCCUUUGUGAAUGCUGGCUUUGUCACACAAUGUCUUGUACUUACAAGAAGAUCCUUUGUGAACAUGUACCGAGAUCGAGGCUACUACUGGUUGCGCCUUUUCAUCUACAUAGCCUUAGCUGCCGGCCUAGGCACUAUCUAUUAUGAUCUUGGAUACACUUAUGCAUCAAUUCAGGCACGAGGCUCUCUACUAGCAUUUGUGGCUUCAUUUCUAACUUUCAUGGCCAUUGGUGGGUUUCCUUCCUUUGUGGAAGACAUGAAGGUAUUUGAACGUGAAAGACUGAAUGGGCACUAUGGUGUUAGUGCAUUCGUCUUCGCCAACACAUUUUCUUCGAUGCCUUUGUUGAUGUUGAUUUCAUUGAUUCCUGGAUCAAUAACCUACUAUCUUGCUGGACUUCACAGUGGAUUUGAACAAUUCUUCUACUUUGCCUCUGCACUAUAUGCUUGCAUGAUGCUGGUUGAGAGCCUAAUGAUGAUAGUUGCGAGCAUCGUGCCGAAUUUCCUUAUGGGCAUAAUAGUUGGUUCUGGAUUGCAAGGGAUUAUGUUGUUAUGCGGCGGAUUCUUCCGGCUACCAAAUGAUCUUCCGGAUCUUGUGUGGAAAUACCCAUUGUAUCAUAUUGCCUUCCACAAGUAUGCAUUCCAGGGAAUGUUUAAGAAUGAAUUUGAAGGAACAACGUUUCCGAAUGAUGAUCAACUUAGAAUCGGUAACUCUAAGUGGCUUAGUGGCGACAGCAUUUUGAGAGAUAUAUGGCAUGUGGAAAUGGGAUACUCUAAAUGGGUUGAUCUUGGUGUCUUGCUAGGAAUGAUAGUUCUGUAUCGAGCUUUGUUCUUAGUUAUCAUCAAGAUCACUGAGAAAAGGAAAACUAUUACCUUAGCUCUUCUGUCCGUGGCUCCGAAGCAAAGCAUGCAAGUAUUGGUGAAUCCCUCCUCUACUCCACUGCAUGGAGAGAGCCAGUAGAAUGGUAACAACGUAAUAGCUUGUACGUAUGUGUGUCUGGUGAUCUAAUACUAGAAUAAAAUUGAAAAUAAGAGAGUUGAUACUCCAAAAAAGUAUGAGACAUGUCGUAUGCACAUUUGAAGUCCAAUAAGGAAAUACACAUGCAAAUUACAUAUC